GUUUGGUUUUGAGAUAACAUCAUAGAAUCUGUUGGGCUCUAAAAUAUUUUUUUUCUUUACUUUUGGAAAAAGGAAGAAGAUGAAGUACGUGCUUGUAACAGGAGGUGUUGUGAGUGGGUUAGGAAAAGGAAUCACAGCGAGUAGUAUUGGUGUUCUUCUUCAAUCAUGUGGUCUUCGUGUUACUUGUAUCAAAAUAGAUCCAUAUCUGAACUAUGAUGCUGGAACCAUAUCCCCUUAUGAACAUGGCGAAGUGUUUGUCUUGGAGGAUGGUAGUGAGGUGGAUCUUGAUCUUGGAAACUACGAGAGGUUUCUAGGUUGUACAUUAACUCGAGAUAACAAUAUCACUCUUGGAAAGAUUCAGCAGCAAGUAAUGGAUAGAGAGAGGAGAGGAGAUUACUUAGGAACUACUGUUCAGAUUGUUCCUCACGUCACUGAUGCAAUAAAAGAAUGGGUGGAGAGAGUUGCCAUGAUUCCUGUAGAUGGAAAGGAAGGUCCUCCUGAUGUUUGCAUCAUCGAAUUAGGUGGAACUAUAGGAGAUAAUGAGUCCAGGCCUUUCACUGAUGCACUUAGCCAGUUAUCAUACAGUGUAGGACCUGAGAAUUUCUGUCUGAUCCAUGUCACCCUCGUGCCGGUGCUCAGUGUUGUUGGUGAACAGAAAACAAAACCUACACAGCACAGCGUUAGAGAUCUACGAGGAUUGGGCUUGACACCUAAUAUCAUAGCUUGUCGAAGCACAAAGGUACUUGAAGAGAAUGUAAAAGCAAAGCUAUCUCGAUUUUGCUAUGUUCCGAUGCAGAAUAUCUUAUCUCUCCAUGAUGUUCACAACAUUUGGCACAUUCCCUUGUUGCUCAAGAAACAGAAGGCUCAUGAACCAAUCUCAAAAGUCCUGAAGCUUGCUGGAAUGGCUAAAGAACCUUCUUUAGAAAAAUGGGCUUCAAUGGUGGAAAUUUGUGACAACUUACAUGUACAGGUGAGAAUAGCUGUGGUGGGGAAAUAUACAGACCUCUCAGAUGCAUAUCUAUCAGUCUUGAAGGCCCUCAUGCAUGCUUCUGUGGCUUUUGGCAAAAAGCUUGUAGUUGAUUUGGUUCCAUCUCCUGAUCUUGAGAAAACCACAAAGAAAGAGGUACACACAUAUCUGAACUCAUGCGCAUACAAGGCUGCGUGGAUGUUACUGAAGGGUGCAGAUGGAGUUCUUAUCCCUGGAGGGUAUGGUAAUAGAGGAUUGGAAGGGAAGAUUCUUGCAGCAAAAUACGCCAGAGAAAACAAUAUCCCUUUCGUAGGUAUCUGUCUUGGGAUGCAAGUCGCUGUCAUCGAGUUUGCACGCUCAGUUCUCUCCUUACCUGAUGCCAAUAGCACAGAGUUUAAACCUGAAACCAAUCAUCCAUGCAUCGUUUUCAUGCCUGAGGGCUCCACGACUCACAUGGGAGGAACAAUGAGAUUAGGCUCAAGAAGAGCUUACUUCCAUGUCAAGGACAGCAUAUCUGCAAGACUAUAUGGGAACAAAGAGUUUGUUGAUGAGAGGCAUCGCCAUAGAUACGAGGUGAAUCCUGAUAUGGCUGUAUGCCUCGAGAAAGCAGGUCUCUCGUUCGCUGCAAAAGAUGAAACUGGCAAGCGCAUAGAGAUUGUUGAAGUACCAAGCCACCCUUUUUUCAUUGGUGCUCAAUUCCAUCCAGAAUUCAAAUCAAGACCCGGGAAAGUAUCUCCUUUGUUCUUAGGACUAAUAGCAGCAGCAUGUGGUGAGCUAGAUGCAGUCCUGACUCCAGUCUCCAUUCAACAAGACAACAACCAACAUGUGGUACUUGGCAAUGAAACAAGGGUUGAUCCAAUAAAUGGUUUUUGUAAUGGAACCAACAAGACCUCUCAGAAAAGUGUAAGACAAAACAGUGACCUCUAUCUCCAUCAGAUUUCAAUGAGCAGCCGACGUAAACUAAACCCGAAUCCUUAAUUUUGAUUCUGAGUGAUAUAAGUAAAUGUAAAGUGCUAUGCAUAAUAAACUAAACAAACCUUGUAAAAUAAUUUUGACACUAUUCUAUAACUUAACAUUUUUAAUACUAA